GAAUGUUGUUGUUGUGUGUGUCUGACCUGUAAACGAGAUUUUCAUCAAUGGCGGCGGAACAUGAUGAUCACGGUGGGAUAUUAGUGCCUUGUUCAGUUUCGACAAAAGAAGUUCUAUUAAGACUAAUUGAUGAUUUUGAAAAUAUAAGCAAAGAACUUAUUGACAACAUUGCAUCAGUUGCAUCACAGAGGGGACCAAAAAAUGAUCUUAUUCAACAUGUGUCAGAGACUGUUGAAAAACUCAUUGAAAAGGACAAAGAGAUCCAAAUGGCAGUUAAAGUAGGUGAGAAACAGAUAGUAAAACAGCAACAAAUAAUACAAAUCAAAGAUGAAAUAUCACGAAAAGAUCAGGAAAUUCUGCAACUUCAAAGCCAGCUGAGAGAUGCUGAACAAAUAUUGGCAAAUGCUCUGUUUGAAGCAAAAAGAAAGCUAGAUGCUUCCAGACAAGCAAAUGGUGCUUCAGUUUCAUCCGAAAACCUCAUCAAAUUUGCCUUCAGGAUAAGCAGUUCUAAUGCUGUUGAAGCACCUUCUGAUUGGCAACAAGGAGACCCAAGACGACCAUAUCCUUUAGAUUUCAUUAUGCGGCGAGGCUGGCUGGGUCAUAUGUCCCAGCAGUCAAGAAGUGGGCUUUCAGCUGAUGAUGACUAUUCACAAGCUCUGGAUCCUACUUUGAAAGAAGAUCAAACAGCUAGUUCAGUAGCAGCUAGCAAUUCAAGUGAGACAACAAAUGAUAUUUUAGGAACAUCUGGUCGACCUAAUAAUCCUGGUGUAUGGUCGCUAUCAGAGCAGACAAAUGAAGUCUAUCAACAAAUUUUAGACAAUAAAGAGCAACCAUAUGCUAUGGUAUCUGCUAAUGCCAUUCAACCACCAAUUUUCAAUGGAGAAGAGAGGCCAGUAAAUACAGAUGAUGUAGAGUUAAUGUCAACUUCCUCUGAUUCCUCAUCCAGUGACAGCCCAUAGUGGUACAUGAAAAAGCAAUCAAUGGAAUGUUUAGAAACUUCUGAAACACAUAUUAGGCCACGAGUAACUGUUUUUGUUAAAAUUUACUUGUACAUAUAUUUUUGCCCAAGACAGAGUUUCUAACUUUUUCAUCUCUGUUGACAAAGGAGGAAUACAAGAUACAUAACAAAUAAGUAUCUACUAGAAAGUAUACACUAGAAGAAUAUCUUUCAAGAUGUCAUUUUUAGCCAGAACUACAUGUAAGGAAGACCAGUAUACUUGCUAUAUUUCAAUAUUUACCAAUUAAUGCAUGCUUUAACAAAUCACAAAUACAAACUUAAUGUUCACAGCUUAAGCCGCAGA